UGGGCAUCGUGCCUCUAUCUCAGCAGUGCCUGCACUGUUUAGACAAAAAGUGGUUAAAGUACUGUCUUGCGGCAAUUGCGACUGUGAUAUUCCGGGCGUCGACCCAAAGAACUGCCGGAGUUUGGCCGAGUUGACUCUCUUUUUGGUGCUUUGAACGCGUCUUGUCUUGUCUUGUCUCCAACAUAUAAGAAGAUGAGCGCGUCGGCACAACAAUUGACGAGCACCCUUAUAUCGGCAUUGACUCAGAGCGAACUUCUUUAUCGUCAAGUUAAUGAGAGUAUAAAGACUAUUGAACGGUUGAAGCAUGAAAAUGGAAAGCUCAAGGAGCAACUUGACGAUAUCCUGAGCAAACAAAGAGAUGCUCCUGUACUGCCUCCACCUCCGGACGAUAUACUAAAACGCGAGAAUGAGCAGCUCAAGCAGGAACUUGAGGAGCUACGAUUUCAUCGACAUGAAUCUAAAUCACCAUCUGAGCAUUCUGAUGAACCGUUGAGAUUGGAAAACGAGAAACUCAAAGAGCAGCUUGAAGAAUUACGUGGUAAGCAGGCCGCUGCACCCGACCUAUCUGCUCAAUUCGACCAAUUCUUCAGGAAGGACGUCGAGAGACAAGCCGAAAUCGACCAAUUGAAAGCAAAAUUACGCGUUGUACAAGCAAAGGAAAGAAAAUGGCGAUUACAGCAUCCGGGUGUCUCCUCCCCAGUCAUCUCAUCUGAUGAGACUCAAGGCAACACGACACCCGUGGACGGCAAGCGAAAGCGACCCCGAAGCACAAGUCCUCAAGUUCUGAAGGAGAUUUCUGCAAAUGUCGUGUCUGGGGGCAAUGUCUCGCACAACCGUCCCAAGUUUAAGAGGCUCAGCGAUAGAGGAGCUGAAGCAAUCCCUGCAGUGGCGGAAGAUGGUGAGGAGUACAGCCGAGAAAGACCGGGCUCCGCAAAGGGAAAGGAUACUGGUGCGAACGAAAGCAGCUCACCGCAUCAGCGUCUCCAGGCUCUGCUCACAGCUCCGGGGCCCACUCCUUCAAAGCUCCUUUCUCGACCUGACACAAACGCGGCAGACCACAGACUGUCACCUUCGACAGAUGAAGUGGAACCUCGAGCGCCGUUGCCUCCUACGAAUGUCCUGCCUUCCGUUGCUCCGAAGGCCACAUCAGUAAGGAAACCACCAUUCCUUCCCCCAAAGGCACGUCCUGCAGCAGGGCCUGAGGAUGAGGAACCAUAUCGCUCUAGGCCAGUGCAUCGACUCAACCUUUCACAUUUCAAGAUCAACCCAGCUUGGAACGGUGGCUUUGACUACGCCUUCGAAGACGUUAUGCGCGGACGUGAAGCCAGGAAAUGCUUGCCAGGCUGCACACGCCCUGAGUGCUGUGGUGCCAAAUUCAGGGCGUUGGCAGAUACACUUCCAGCAGACAAGGAUAUGACAGAUGACGAGUUGCUCCUAUACUUCCUGGGACCGGAUUCAGAGGAGAGGAUACGUACCUUGACACCACUUGCGCGACUCAAUCUCAUUCACGAAGCCCGUGCGAAGAGGCUGGCAAAUCAGUACGGCAAGAUGCAUCGAGUUGCAUAUGAUCGAGCACAAACUCCGCCGGGGUUUUGGAGCACAGAUUUCCCCUCGACACAAGAGGACAAAGAGAAUCGGGAAAAAGCAAGACUCAUGGAGCGUCAAGAGAUCGAAAAGCGAUACGAAGAAGCCAAGAGAGGAGACGGACGGUGGCUCUUUGCGGACGAAUGAUAAGAAUAUCGUUGAGGACAUCGACGAUCUCUGCGCGAACAUCAUUAGAGAGCACAUCGGGGGAAUAGACAUUCGAAGAGUCUGUAACGGGUACGUGGCCUCGCGCUAACAGGCAAGGUCGGGAUUGAAGAGUAAAAGCGAGUAUUAUCAGAGCCCUCCGGUCAGUACUGGAAGACAAGAUCUACCUACGUGGAGGUGAGGUACUUCUGUCUUCGAUUGAUUUCCU